CUCUUUCUCACAUACACACGGCACUCUUUUUUCGGUCUACCUUCCAUCGAUCCCAAUCCACUUCCCUCAUUGUCGCUUUUCUUUUCCCACGUCCAAGUAGUUUUUCAGACCCUUGAAGGAAGAACAAAGGAUGGGUUGGUUCAGUGGUAGUUCAUCGCCAACUCCGGCGCAACCCGCAACUGUGACACAACCUUCUUCACCUAACAAUUUGGCAUCGGACGUGAAACCAAAGACUACCGAGAAGGUCAAGGUAUGUUUCUUUUUCUGUUUUGGAAAGACCGCAGGAGGAAACUCUGUAAUGGGGUUGGACGAUGCAAAAGGAAAAGAAACGCACAAGCUAGAAAGCUGACAUUUCUGUUACGCCCCAGCCAUGUUGCGUAUGCAAAGAUGAAAAGUCCGCCCGGGACGAAUGUAUGCUCUUCAGCAAGUCCGAUGAUCCACAAGAAGAUUGUAAGAGUUUGGUCGGGAAGUACAAGGACUGUAUGGCCGGGUAUGGGUUCAAGAUUUGACAUGUACCCGCGGGAAAACAAUAAACCUUGAAGGGCAUAUGUGAAGGACAUGGACGGACCUCGAUACCCUUACAUGUGACCCUUCUACUCGGGGCACCUACCGCUCUCAACGACCGACGUCCCGACCGACGCUAUCUACCCGGGUUAUUCUACCUUUGCCUACAAUCCCGGUGUCCCAGGCAUCUACACAGGUGGCUUCAACAGGGGGGAGAGGGGAUGUGGACUCGUCAAGGAAAAUGUAUGAACACCAAUGAAGGAAGAUGGGAAAGAUUUGAUAAAUGGUACCGGGACAAGAAAGGAUGGAUGGGCCCUAGAUGUGGACCAACGCCUACAAAAUCCCACACGGGCCUCGGGGGGGGGGCGGCUGGUAUGGCUGAGAGGACAUCGCUGCGAAGAGCCAGACUUGAGAUGUCCUGCCAAAAUACGAGGAGAGAGAUACUUCAUGAUGAGAAAAAGACAAAACACCCCCCUCUUGCGUUCUGGCACAGAGACACAUACAUGCUGCAAGUCAUCUACGAAAAGGCGCUUUGAAAGGACCAAUCCAACCAUGUACAACAAUCCCAAGUCAAAACAUUUUACGACAAAACCACAAACGUCAUCAUUGUUUAAAGGCGCCCAUCAUCACUUGCAGCCAUGGGGCAUAAUUUCUACCUUGUACAAAGAUAUUUCGAAAUACCAAAGAGCCCGAAAAGAAAUGGCUGCUGUACAUAGUGUAUAACCUCACCACUCGAACAUUACAAAAUAUAGAAUACAAAAUACGGAGUACUUGUAGACUCAUCGAGUUGCAUUGGAUCGUGUUGUAUUGCAUAGCUGAUAGCAUUACGAUACAAUCUAGAGACACUCCGC